AAAUUGCUCCUAGUUUAUGAAUUUGUGUGAGCCGAAAUUGGCUAGUCCAAGAAAAGUAGAAAAUUGUAAACUGAGUGAGAGAAGUAGGAAUAGAGCGGGAUGUAAAUAGUAUUCCUUCACCAAACGAGCUUCUCAAGUUUGAGAAAAGCAAUGAGAGGAAGAAAAUGGUUAGGCCUCAUUCCGACCCGAGUUCACUUCCAUCGGUUCAGCUCAUCGACUUCCUUUAACCAUCCUCCUCCUGCUUACCCUCUUCGCAGAGUUGUUGUUACUGGUCUAGGGAUGGUGACUCCUCUUGGAUGUGGUGUGAAAACCACAUGGAAGAGGUUAACAGAAGGGGAAUGUGGUGUAAGAGCAAUAUCCCCUGAUGAUUUGAAGAUGAACGGUUUUGACCCUGAAGUUAAGUCGUAUACAUUUGAUCAAUUGACAUCCAAAGUUGCUGCAAUUGUGCCCUGCGGUUCUAGCUCAGGUGAAUUCGAUGAGCAGCUGUGGCUAAAUUCUAAGGAGCAUAGAUCAAUUGCAAGAUUUAUAGGAUAUGCACUGUCUGCUGCAGAUGAAGCUCUUAAAGAUGCUAAUUGGAUGCCUACUGAGCAGGAUGAGAAGGAACAGACGGGAGUCUCCUUAGGUGCUGGAACUGGAAGUAUCAGUGACAUAUUGGAAGCAUCAAGAAUGAUCUGUGAAAAGAAUGUACGCCGUCUUAGUCCAUUUUUCAUCCCACGGAUAUUGAUCAACAUGGCUUCUGGUCAUGUAAGCAUGAAGUAUGGUUUUCAGGGACCAAACCAUGCUGCAGUGACAGCUUGUGCCACUGGAGCUCAUUCAGUUGGUGAUGCUGCCAGGAUGAUUCAAUUUGGAGAUGCAGAUGUGAUGGUUGCAGGGGGGACAGAAGCCAGCAUUGAUGCUUUAUCUAUCGCUGGAUUUUGUAGGUUAAGAGCAUUGACUACCAAGUAUAAUUCAACACCACAGGAAGCCUCCAGGCCAUUUGAUUGUGGUCGUGAUGGAUUUGUGAUAGGUGAGGGUUCUGGUGUCAUGGUGUUAGAGGAACUGGAGCAUGCAAAAAAACGAGGAGCUAAAAUAUACGCAGAGCUGUGUGGCUAUGGAACAUCAGGUGAUGCACAUCACAUUACACAACCAAAUAUUGGUGGAAGAGGUGCAGUUUUAGCUAUGACACGUGCUUUGAAGCAGUCUGGUCUUCAUCCUAGUCAAGUGGAUUACAUAAAUGCUCAUGCUACAUCUACACCCCUUGGUGAUGCAGCAGAAGCAAAUGCAAUAAAACAUGUCUUCUCUGAUCAUGCUACAUCAGGGGCUCUGUCCUUGUCCUCUACGAAGGGUGCCAUUGGUCAUCUCCUUGGAGCCGCUGGAGCUGUUGAAGCAAUUUUUACUGUCUUGGCAAUACACCACGGCAUCGGGCCUUUGACGCUAAACCUUUCUGAACCAGAUCCAGUAUUCAAUGGAGGUUUCUUGCCUUUGACUACUUCAAAGAAGAUGACCAUUAAAGCUGCUUUAUCAAACUCAUUUGGGUUUGGAGGAACGAAUUCUUGCUUGCUUUUUACUUCAACCAACUGAAUACUGAUUUGGUUAACCAAAUGCGCCGCUGGAACAAGAGUGCUGUUAGGAAUUAAAACUUAUGGCUAACCAGGUUAGGUAAAGUGGAAGAGGGAGUUUUGAGGGCUAUAGCUCCCUUAAAAUGAACGUUUUGGCCAAUUCUUGUCUUGCCUUGAAGCUCCAGUUUCAGUCUGGUUUGUUUAAUUUUUUAACUUUGUUAUCAUUAUUGUAGAUCUAUUGGUUUUUGACUUUUUCUUAGACGUCUUGAGAAUCAAGUAGAAAAUAUAGAAAAUUUCUAGUGUUAGAGCCUAGAUUUUUUCAAAUGUUGGAUUGAGAUGGGUUUAAAGGAAGUAACACGGAUAAACUUUUUAUAAUCGAUCCCGAGUGGGAUUGAUGCGUUGUUAUUGUUGUCCUGUAACUACAUUGGUAGACACAUUACCAAUUGAAAAAGUAGGUUCUGGCUUUUAGCUUUA